GCUGCCUCACUUUCGGGGCUCGAACGAGAUGUUGCUAAAAAUAAUAGUGUGUCUCAAGCUCCCCUCACCUUCAUACCAAGCUGUGACUGUUAGGGUCAACGGAGCCCUAGUGAUAGCCUGUAGUGUGGCACCAAGAGUGCCACCGACAGCCUCUGCGCGGCACUAGGUUGUGUGAGCUCCCGGAAAUGACUGCGUGACAAAUUUUGUGGUGUGUGAAUCCCGGUACAGCCUAGAAAGUGGCAUCGGGUGUGUGGAAGAGGCAAUCUGUGUACAUCGAAUGUAUAGGACCCGGAACAGCUUGUGCCAAUCGCACAGGCUAAUCCGGAACUAAAACUGCAACGAUAGCAACAGUCUACUAGUAAUGUCCGAUUGGCGUUUUUCUGUUGCUACAUGCUAAGUUCUUCAACACUGAAUUAAACACAUGUCACUGUGACCGCUGAGGCUGCUGCUGUUACUCCGUGCUACUAAAUGAAAUUGUAUUAAUGAAACAGUAAAAUACUACUACUACUACUACUACUACUACUACUACUACUACUAUUACUACUACUACCAGCACCACCACUGUUACUUCUCAACCUGUGCCCGGCGUAGCAGCGGGGCGCGACAGGCCCGAGGAGAAGCAGGCGCCAUGGCGGAGAUACAACACUUACCGGCGCAAGUGUCGGCUCAGGAUUACAUGACGAACCUCAUGGUGGACGCAGAUGACGAGGACGACGUGAGACUACACCUAUCGGCGCUGUGCGGGGAUGCGAAGGGCAUGCAACGCACAUUGCAAGAUCCAGCCACAGCAGACUGGUUGAAUCACCGCGUGCGGCCCUACCUGUCCCCACCCCUCAGACUCGCUGUCACUGGGGGAAACCAGGAGUGUGUCCAACUAUUAGUAGCAGCAGGAGCCAAUAUUGAGCUGGAGGAUGUGAAGGGCCAGACACCACUCUUUGUGGCUACCUCACAGAGAAAACCCAUCAUUAUGAAGACUUUGUUAGAAGUUGGUGCCAACCCUGAGGGCAGCAAGAAGAAUCGCUGCUCUCCGCUUCUCGUGGCUGUGCGUGAUGGGUUCACAGAGGGUGUCAGGCUCCUCCUGAGGCAUGGGGCUGACCCUGAACCCUUUGAGCAGAUCUGUACCUGUGUUCCUGGCUGGCCACUACACCAUGCUGUGGUAUAUGCCCACUUCCCAUGUUUCCUAGAGCUGGUGAAGGGUGGUGCCAUUACCAACCUCUCUUUACUGACCAAUCAAAUUUGCUCCAAGAUAGUGGCACGACUUUCCAUCCCUCAUGCUAUCCUCAAAUAUGCCAAGGAAAGGCCAGAAUUUGUGUCCCUCUACCAUGAGAGUGGUGGAAAUUUGUGGCAGCUGAAUGCAGGAGGCAUCACUGGCUCUGAGGAAUCCACAGAGAACUCCCCAGCAAAGGAAUGGUUGAAGGCAUUGCUGGGGACGCCACUCAGCCUAAAGUCUCAGUGCCGCAUUGCAAUCCGGCGGCUGCUUGGACGACAUCGACUGGCUCACCUUGCUUCUCUUGAUGUACCCUCCUGUCUCACUUCCUUCCUGAAUUAUGAUGAGUUUUCUCAGUAUUUACAAAAACCUAAGAAAGAAAAAAAUGUACAAAGUCAUAUUUCAGAAGAAUAGUCUUUACCUCUGUUCAACAGAUGUAAUGCAAUAAAUAACUUGCUGGAAAGCAUUCCUAUUCAAUCAGUGUGCUUACUGUAAUUCUUUCAGUCAGUACUUCAAUUGGUGAAAUGUAUGUACAAUUAGGUAUAUCUUUCAAAGCAAUAUUUUCCUAAAAUCAGAAUCAAGAAUAUAUGUUCAUAAGUAAAUUUUCCAUUGUUUUCUUUUUAAGCAAUUUGACAAAUACUAACAUGCAGAUUGAAAAUUUGCUACAAAAAAAAACUUAUUUACUUAGAAUGCUUAUUUUUUAUCAAUCUUGCUAGAAUCAUUUAAGAUAUAGGUCAGCAAAUCCAGCAAACUAAAAACAAAAUGUGUAGCAAUAGAACUAACAUUCAGCAUACCUAAGGAAUGUUGGCUGCUGAUCUCCAUGACAUCAUCUGAGGCAUCGCUACACAACACCUUGUCCUCCUUUUAUAUAUAAAGUAAUAUUUUCUAGUCACUUUUAUCUAUGAAAAUGCUUUAUGUGUUAUAUCAGGAAUUUAUAAAUGUAUAAAGAUGUCACUUGAAAUUG